AUGAACAGCUCACUCCUAGUCCUUGCUCUCGUAGCAGUGGUCGCUGCCGAUAAAAUCCCCGACUUCGUGGUUCCAGGAAAGUGCCCUGCGCUGGACAGGAAGGCCCUGUUCGAUUCGCAGAAGCCCAACUAUCCUAAGUUUGCUGGAGUGUGGUAUGAAAUCGCGCUGACAAAGAACCCUUACCAGCUGCUUCAGCAGUGCGUGCGCAACGAAUAUUCUUUCGAUGGCACGAAAUUCGCCGCCAAGUCAACCGGCAUCAACGCCGAAGGAAGCCUGAUGCGGCGCAACGGACAGAUCUUGCCGAUGCCUCUGGGAGAACCCAACCUGUCCAUCGACUACGAGGGAUCCUUCAUGGCGCCUUUCGUCAUCCUGGACACGGACUACGACAACUUCGCCUGCAUUCACUCCUGCGUGGACGUGAGUCAAGGCUACUUCGCGGACUUCGCCUUCAUCUUCUCCCGCACCCCAAGCAUGUCGGACAAGCACCUGAAGCGCUGUGAAGCCGCCUUCAGGGACAUCGCCGUCGACACCUCCCGCUUCGUCAAGACCGUCCAGGGAUCCUCCUGCCCCUACGACACUCAGCAAGCUCUCUGA